AUACCUUUUUGUCACAGGAUCCACAGUGUGAACGACGCCUUUAGACGCGUGUUGCUGUUUUGUACGCACAACAACAGUUUUUCCGACGAAUUCCAAGAGACUUGUCGCAUCCAUCGAGUUUUAUAGUAUAGAUAAAUCACAGAAUGGAUUUUUAUAACGUGUUGAUCGUCUAUAUGUUUUAAUUCUCUUCGUUCAAGAAAAAGAACCUAUAAUAUUUAAAUAUUUUAUAUUGUCGUGCGUUGUUACUGUACUUGCGAAAACUGGAAUAACCAAUAUUGAUGACAUUAUACCUACUUAGGACUUGAUUUAAAUUCCAAGGCUCGUGGAGAGAGCGGGGCUUAGCCCCCUUAACCACUUAUAUUGGCGCUAAUAGCUUUGACAAAAUUUCAAGGAGGGGGUAAUCCAUUGUGCAAUAAGAGUUAUGAAUGUUAUGAUACACUCAGCAAUGUAUUUUUUUGUGUUGGAACUUAGGAGGUAACAUUACUAGCGAAAAUGACCGAAAGUAUUGAACAAACCGUUAAAUGGAGAAGGCACGAGGUUGAAGAAAAAAUUGGAUUAGAUCAAUUUAAAAACAAUCAAUUAUGGACUGAAAAUUUUUAUUUUGUGAUUGUUUCUGACAGUCAAUUUGGUUACAUUAAGCCACCUUCAGAACGAGAUUCUAAAGAUUGGAAAAUAGAAAUGGAUAAAGCUAUUUUUGCAAUAGAUAAAAUUAAUAAUUUAUCUCCAAGACCUCAAUUUUUAGUUGUGUGUGGUGACUUAGUUAAUGAAAUGCCUUGUAAUGAAGCUGGGCUAAAUGAAUUACAAAUAAAUGAUUUUAAGAAAGUUUUUUCAAAUUUACACCCUUCAAUACCUCUGAUUUGUGUUUGUGGAAAUCAUGAUAUUGGUGAUAUCCCAGAUGAAAAUUCAAUCAACAAAUAUCGUGAUCAUUUUGGCCAAGAUUAUUUUUCAUUUUGGUGCGGUGGAGUACUAUUUUUAGUGUUAAACUCCCAAUAUUAUAAAAACAGUUGUAAUGUCGAGAAAUUUGCAGCAGAACAAGAUCAAUGGUUAACUGAGAUAUUAAGUAAACAUGAGGGUCAAAGAAUAAUUGUAUUUCAACACAUACCGUGGUUUUUGAGUAAAACAGAAGAGGAAAUUCAAAAAAAAAGUAUUGAAAAAAACAUCAGUCACAAAAUGCUUGAAAAACUGUGUAAAGCUGGCGUAUCUCAUGUUUUUUCUGGUCAUCAUCACAUAAACUCAACUGGAUUCUAUAAAAACCUUGAAAUAGUUGUUACUUGUGCACUUGGAGCCCCAUUGGGAGAAGAUCCUUCCGGACUAAGAAUAGUCAAAAUGUAUGAAAACAAUGUUAUACACACAUAUUAUCCUUUAGAACAGAUACCAAGUUCUAUUAAAAAUUAAAACAUUUAGUAUUAUUUUAAAUGUUAUAGCAUAUAAAUCAAUACAGAUUUUUAUAAAGAGGUAAUAUUAAUUAUAAUAUUUUAUAAUAGUGAUCAAUGAUAAUGAUGAUGAUGUAUGUCAAUUAAAUACCAACAAAUAUACUUAAAUAAUAUUAAUUUAUUGUUAAAUAAAAAAACAAAUAAUAUUUUA